GAUGAGGCGUAACGAGCUAGGCAGCACUGAGCGUUUCUGGCAACUUCUGGCAUACAGCAACUUCUGGAUUUACAGCAUCUGCAGUUCUUUCAGUUGUUAAUUUUGUUUUUGCUGAUUUUGCAUCAUUUUCCCAACAGAUUCAGCAACGACAAUAUCAUUUACAGUUGGUUGAAAAGCCCUUGCCACCGACUGCAGUGAAGUACAUGACAAAGCUUCGACAGGGGACACUUCAGAUCAUCAGAGAGCAACAAUUUAACACCAUCCCGACCAGUGUGAGAUUUUCCUUUUUGCAGCUGUUCAGUGCAGGAGCUGAGUUUGAAUAGAAACUGCAGCCUGUCUUGUUGCUAGUUUCGAAUUCAGGAUGUCGGUUGCAAAUGUUUUCCCUGUCGAUGCUGUCACCCUGGUGCUGCUGGGCGUUCUGACCAUUAUCAUCCUGCUGUAUUUCAACAACGGCUUAAAAACUCCCGGAGUCAGUAACUUCCCCCCAGGACCCCCUCCUCUCCCAUUGAUCGGGAACCUGCACAUGUUGGAUCUGAAGAGGCUGAACAAAUCUUUGAUGAAGCUAUCUGAGAAAUAUGGCAAAGUAUUUAGCAUCAAGCUAGGACCCACAACUACAGUGGUGCUGACUGGGUACGAAGCAGUGAACGAUGCCCUUGUGAACAAUGCAGAUGCAUUUGGAGAAAGAGCACACAUCCCAAUAUUUGAGGCAGCUUUGAAAGGACGUGGUGUUAUUUUUGGUCAUGGGGAAUCAUGGAGGCAAAUGCGAAGAUUUGCUCUCACCACUUUACGAGAUUUUGGAAUGGGAAAAAAAACCAUUGAAGACAAAAUAAUCGAGGAAUCAGAUUUUCUGGUAGAAGUGAUUGAUUCUCAUAAAGGCCAACCGUUUAAUCCAACUGUCCAAAUGAACUCUGCUGUGGCCAAUAUAAUAUGCUCUAUAGUUUUUGGUGACAGAUUUGAUUAUGAGGAUGCAAAGUUUGUUAGUUUAAUAAAGACAGUGAAUGAAAACAUUCAACUUGCUGGUUCACCCAUGGUCCACCUGUACAAUGCAUUUCCAAUCCUGAAAUUCUUUCCAGGAGCUCACAAUAAAUUUUUUAUUAAUAUUCAAGAGAUAAACAACUUCCUCAAAGGCUUCAUCAUAGAAAAUCAUCAGACACUAAAUGAAAAUGACCUGAGGAGUUUUAUUGAUAUAUUCAUGCUUAGACAACAGAAGGAAUCAGAUGACCCUAAUUCAUACUUCUGUCAAGACAACUUAAUCUACACGACGUCUAACCUGUUUGCAGCAGGGAUGGAGACCACCUCAACCACACUUCGUUGGGGAAUGCUUCUGAUGAUGAAAUAUCCGGAGAUCCAGAAAAAGGUUCAUGAGGAAAUUACCAGAGUUAUUGGAUCGGAACGACCUCCCAGAGUUGAAGAUCGGAAAGAUUUGCCUUACACUGAUGCAGUGAUCCAUGAAAUCCAGAGGUUUGGUGACAUUGUACCACUGGGCAUAACACAUGAAACAACAGUGGAUGUAAACUUCAAAGGAUUCUUCAUUCCAAAGGGAACCCAUGUAAUUCCAUUGCUGACCUCUGUGCUAUACGAUAAAACCCAAUGGGAAAAACCAAAUGAAUUCAACCCAUCUCACUUUCUGAAUGCUGAGGGCAAGUUUGUGAAGAGAGAUGCCUUCAUGCCUUUCUCUGCAGGUCGAAGGAUUUGUGCUGGUGAGUCCCUGGCUAAAGUGGAGCUGUUCUUGUUCUUUACCACUCUGAUACAAAAAUUUAAGUUUCAAGUUCCACCAGAUGUCAGUGAACUGGAGCUCGAGUCUGGUGUGGGUUUUACUUCAUUCCCAAAGUACCCAUAUGUAUGUGCUUACAUCAUGUCUUUCCUCAAUGUGUUUGUUGGUGACACAAUCACCUCAGUCCUUCUUUCGCUUUUGAUUGGAAUUGGUCUGUUAUAUUUAUAUAGAGGGUCCAAACCCUCAGCUGCUUUCCACCUUCCCCCAUGUCCAACUCCUUUACCAUUGAUCGGGAACCUGUAUAUGCUGGAUCUGAAAAUGCUCUACAAAAGCCUGAUGGAGUUAUCGGAGAAAUAUGGAUCUGUGUUUACCGUUCAGCUGGGACUGGAAAAGGUAGUGGUGCUCACAGGGUACAAAACAGUGAAAGAAGCUCUCGUGGAUCAUGCAGACACAUUUGCAGAGAGAGCAAAAAUCCCAGUACUGGAAAUGCAGGCAAAAGGCUAUGGUAUUUCUUUUGGACAUGGGGAGUCCUGGAAACAGAUGCGGCGAUUUGCUUUAAUGACCCUACGUAAUUUUGGAAUGGGAAAGAAAACGAUUGAAGAUAAAGUUACAGAGGAAGCUAGGUUUCUAGUGCAAGAAAUCCAAUCUCACGAAGGCCGACCCUUUGAUACAUCUGUGCCUGUCACCUCUGCCAUGGCCAACGUCAUCUGCUCGAUAGUUUUCGGUGAACGGUUUGAUUACAAGGACAAAACAUUUUGUACCAUAACAAAGCUGAUACGUGAAAAUUUUAAUCUACUUGGAACUCCUGGAGUCCAGAUGUACAAUGCUUUCCCUUUCCUGGGCUUUCUGCCUGGAACCCACAAGAAGAUAUUUGAAAACAGAACACAGAUGGUUCAGCUCAUCACGACUUUUUACAAAGAACAUGAGAAAACAUUGAAUGAGAAUGAUAUAGGGAGCCUGAUUGAUGCUUUCUUGGUAAAACGGAAAGAGGAAUUAAAGAACUCAGAUUCCUAUUUCCAUGACAACAACUUGGUGACUUCGGUGACAAAUUUAUUUGCGGCUGGGACAGAUACUUCCUCUUCCACGUUGCGCUGGGCCAUUCUCCUGAUGAUAAAGUACCCAGAGAUUCAAAGAAGUGUUCAGGGAGAAAUUGAAAGAGUUAUUGGAACUGAGAGAGUGCCCAGGAUGGAAGAUCGGAAGAGAAUGCCAUAUACUGAUGCGGUCUUGCAUGAGGUCCAAAGGUUUGCUAAUAUAAUUCCAAUGAAUAUUCCACAUGCAACAACCAAGGAUACACACUUCAGAGGAUUUUUUAUACCAAAGGGAAUGCAGGUGAUUCCAUUGCUGUCCUCUGUGCUGUAUGAUAAAACACAGUGGGAAAAACCAAAUGAGUUCAACCCAUCUCACUUUCUGGAUGCUGAGGGGAGAUUUGUGAAGAAAGAAGCCUUCAUGCCUUUCUCUGCAGGGCGCCGGAUUUGCUUAGGGGAAAGCCUCGCCAAAAUGGAGCUUUUUCUCUUCUUUACAACUUUGAUGCAGAGAUUCUCCUUCCGUGCCCUGCCUACGGCCCCCUUGGAUCUCACACCAUGUGUUGGUCUCACUUUAUGCCCAAAACCUCACCAAGUGUGCGCCAUAGUCCACUAACAGAUACAGCUCACGGCAUUACCAAUCCUUCAGGAAGACCCUAGGCUCUCCAGAAAUUGAAAAUUAAUCCCUUUUCCGUACCUGCAAAAUGCUGGAGGAAUCUCACUGGGGACAGCAUUAAAAAAAUAAUAUUCUUUGAAUGCAUUGGUUUAUGAAAUGCAGAAAUAUAGGAUACUGGGAAAAAAGAAACUCUCUAUGACUGGGCAGGUCUUUUGGAGGCAGAAGAUUAUGUGAUGAAACCUCAGAUGAUAUUUCUAACCAAAUUUGUCAAUUUUGUAAGCAGUGUUGAUGGGAAAUGUUUGUCUCAAAAAAAUCAGAAAUAGCUGGAAAAACUUAGCAGGUCUUGCUGCAUCUGUAGAGAGAAAAUGGAGUUAAUAUUUCAUGUUCAGUGACCCUUGUUCUGAAGAUUCUGUUUCUGAUUUCCAGCAUCCAUAUUUCUUUGGGUUUUUUUGUUUAAUAGAUAUUUCAAUGUAAUUACAUCAUCUCACCAGGGAUGGCACUGUGAUGCCUCAGUUUGGUAUCCCAUUUGAAGGUCACAGAGUUGGGGAAUAGGGAAUGCUAUCAAUAAAAUCACAUUAAUCUCCUAUAUCUUCAUAUUUUCUUGUAGUUAUUCUUUUUCUUCCAAAAUCUCUGGGUGGAUGUCCCCUCGUAUAAUAUUCCAUGAAUUGUUGCUAAAAACCUCACAGGGAUAUUAGCAAUGCACUGUCCAAUUAAAGAAAAUGUAAAGAAGUAAUGUGAGGUUCUUUUUUGAUUUUAACCCCUCAUGCAUCUUUUCUCUACUCUCCAUAUGACAUAAUAAUAGAAUUUACUUAUUUGUCUCUCUGGAUGUGAGUUUGCUCUCUGAGCUGGAAGGUUAGUUUUCAGACGUUUCGAAGCUUCGUCGGAGGCUCACUGAUGAUGUUACCUAGAAUGGUGACGAAACGUCUGAAAACUAACCUUCCAGCUCAGUGAGCAAACUCACAUCCUGAAACUCAACCUGAGCUACAAAUCUUCUCAAAAUUUGUCUCUCUUGUUUGCAUACUGUCAAUCCUGAAGUUAGGACUGCUUCAACGUCUCUGCUAGAAAGGAAAAUACAUAAAUAAGAGACUAAAAAAAUUGAGAUUACAUUCAGCAAUCCUGCCUGAAAGUAUGCUUUACAGAGGGAUACUGUGGUAACUCCUUCCACAGCUUGAUGAUCUAUUAAUACUGACCAAUCAAUUUUACACAAACCUUGCAGUUGUGAAAGGCACCAGAAAUUUGUAAUUUAGUGUAAGUAAUAGUUUAAAAAGAAGUUAACAUUCUUUAUUGAAACAAAACAAGAAUCAAGAAAAUCAUGAAUCCUAAUCAUUUGAAUCAAUACCAGAUGAGACCCAAAGAGCCAAAAGAUGGCAGUUUGACCUUUCAACUAAAUUACCUUAUAAAAUCUAAAUACUACACUAAACAAGGACAGAAUUUAUAUCCUUAAAAUUGGGGCCUGCAUUAUGUCUGCAUGGCCUUGUCCAAUUACCUACUGCUUUCUAAUCCCAUUUCAUAUAACACUUUGCUUGCACAUAUAAUUAAAGGAGAUUGACCAGUGUAUUCGUAUAGCCAUUGGAAUGUCCAUUGAUAAAUCUUAUGUUGACAUCUCCCAAUGGGUUUUAUUCAUUAAACAUAUCCAUUUCCAUCCAUAAUGUUUUUAUGUAACCAUUUUAUCUGUGAUGUGAGAACUUCUUGUGGAAACAGCUUUCCCAAUGUUGAUUGCAGCCAUAAAAUGUAACACUAAGACUUGACUUGGAGAAAAAAAACUUCAGCAUGUACAUUACAUGGUGUUGCAAUCAAAUACUUGACCUUAGAAAGUGGCUGGGCUACAUUUGUCUGAAUAUCACCUUAACUCCUGCUUUACCUGAAGACUACAUUGGAAUUUGACUCCAAGGGGGCACUGAAUAAUUGGGGGUUACAAGUGUAAAAUGGUGUCUUGUUUAGUGUUUUAGGAUGAUGUAUUUAAGCCUUAAAUUAGUAAUUCUUUAGUUUAGUUAUGUUACACAUGAACUAUAAUCUUUUCUAUUCCUGUGGUUUAACAUAGAAACAUCAAAAUUAGGAGCACAAGUAGGCCAUUUGGACCUUUGAGCCUGCUCUAUCAUUCAAUAUGAUCAUCCAACCCAGCACCCUACUCCCACUUUCUCCCAAACCUUUUGAUCCCAUUAGUCCUAAGAACUAUAUCUAACUCAUUCUAGAAAACAAGACCACUUUCUGUGGCAGAGAAUUCUACUGGAUCACCACUCUCUGAGUAAAGAAAUUUCUCCACAUUUCUGUCCUAAGUGGCUUUCCCCAUAUCCUGAGACAGUGAGCCCCAGUUCUGAACACCCUGCUCAGUGUUCCUGCAUUUGUACUGGCUACUCCUGUUAGAAUUUUAUAGGUUUCUAUGAGACUCCCUCUGCCAUCUUCCAAACUCUGUUUAUGAAAAUAGGAUUUGAAAAAAUGCAAGGUAGAUUGUGAUAACAUCAAAAAAAUUCUGUUGCUGAUAAUUCAUCUUGACAGUCAAGAUAUUGGAUGUGGCCAUCAAGUUCAUGAUAAUUUAGUGAUGAUUUCACUUCAUUUGUUCAUAUGGAAUCAGAUUGCUUUUACCUAUAUGUACAGCAUCUUGGUGCAGCUUUCAGAUUAUAAAUCCCUGGAA